UUUCUUGAAGAAAGAAAAACUCUUCAUCUCUCUCUCUCUCUCUCUCUCUCUCUCUGCUUCUCAGUGGUCUGUUCCAAUGGCACCGCAGGUGAAGAUGACGGAGUACGAGCGGCAGAGGCUCGAGAACAUCCGGCGGAACGGCGAGAUGAUGGCCGCCCUCAACCUCCAAUCCCGCGCCGCCGAGCUCUCCGCCGCCUCGAAGCGCCAAAAAGUUGAGACCAAAACCUAUAAGGUUGAUGCGGAGAAGAAGCCGAAGGUGGAGACUCCGGUCGUGAUGCGGCGCUCGCUCCGUACGAGAGGAUUGCCACCUGAUUUAAAGGGUCUUAGCAAUGAGGAUUCUGGUAGUCCAGUGGCUGUCACCGAAUCCCCGAAAAAAAAUCCCAAGGUUUCUCCCAGGGAUGCCGGCCCCAUUUCCAUGCGCGAUGCUUAUCGUGGUUUAGGCUCUGAUCAUGCAUUUAGGGAGACAGUUAGUAGGUUUUCUGAAAGUAACGAGACUGGCUUCUCGUCGCCAGAGGGAUUUGAUAAACUGAAGGGCCAUAAAGGAGAAGAUCUGCGUGGUUCAGCUGUAGGUCUUGGUGGAAAUGUCAAGAGGGAAAAUGAUGGUGGGGAUUCAGUUGAUGUUGGUUUGUCGGAGGGGAGACGAUAUAAUAUGGCGAUGGAUGAGGAGUCGGAUGGAGUUAAGGGGUGUAAACAGGAGAAUCCCUUUGAUUCAAAGGUGGGUGGCGGUGAAAGCUUCCCUUCAAUUCACAAUAUUAAGAGGGAGAAUGGUGAUAAAGCUUUGGGUUCUUCGGUGCUGAAAGUGGAGAACAUCGCCAAGAAAGAGGAGUCUGAUGGAGCGGAGGGGUGCAAAGUGGAAACUUUGUGUGAUCCGAAAAGGAAUGAGAGUGAUAAUUUGCCUAUGAGUCUUGAUAUCGUGUGUCAAGGUGAUGAUAAGGCUUUGAUGGAUAUCAAUCGAUUGACACUGAACAAGAAGAAUGUUGCGAGGGUCGUACCUGGAAGGAUAAUGUCAAUUAAAUUCUUCCCAACUCCCAAUAUGAGAAUGAUUGCUGUGGGGAACAAAUUUGGGAAUGUGGGAUUCUGGAAUAUGGAGUCCCCUGAAGAUGAUGAUGAAGAUGGGAUAUACUUGUACCACACGCAUUCCGGUCCUGUUUCUGGGAUUUCCAUACCAGAAUUUAAUCUGUCCAAGAUGUUUACGUGCUGCUAUGAUGGUUUCCUUCGGCUGAUGGAUGUUGAGAAAGAGAUCUUUGAUCUGGUGUAUGUCACUGAUGAGGCUAUAUUUUCUCUUUGCCAACGACCUGACAAUGCGAGUUGCUUGUACUUUGCUGAGGGUCGGGGAGGACUUCAAUUCUGGGACGAGAGGACAGGGAAGUCCUCAUCCUCCUGGGAUUUGCAUGAAGAUAGGAUCAACACUAUUGAUUUUAACCCAAAAAAUCCCUCCAUCAUGGCAACAAGCUCCACAGAUGGGACGGCAUGCAUUUGGGAUCUGAGAAAUAUAGGCAGAGGUAGGCUGAAAAAUAUCAGAUCUGUGGACCACAAGAAAGCUGUACAUUCCGCCUACUUCUCUCCAUCUGGUAGCUUUCUUGCUACUUCAAGCUUUGACAACUCAGUCGGAAUAGCGAGCGGGACUGAUUUUGAGGAGACUUCAGUGGUGUUCCACAAUAACAAGACAAGCAGAUGGAUCUCCUCUUUCAAGGCAAUUUGGGGUUGGGACGACUCAUACAUCUUCACCGGGAACAUGAAAAGAGCAGUCGACAUCAUCUCUCAGAGCAGGAAGAGCAUAAUUUGGAGGCUAGAGAGCCCGUAUAUAACUGCAAUCCCUUGCAGGUUUGCUGCACACCCCUCUGAGGUCGGGACACUUGCAGGAGCAACAAGUGGUGGGCAGGUCUAUACUUGGACUUUGCAAUAGAACUAGGUCGUUUCUAAUUUUGUAUAUCCUUUGGAUUAGAUCCUUCCAUUAGAAUUGGAC